GCCUCUCCCGCCUCGCCAAUUCCGCGCAAGUGGCGGCGCGGCGCGAGAGGAGCAGCAGCCCUGGCCGGGCCCGCGGCGAGAGGAGGAGGCGCGAUCGCCCGAGCUUGGCGCUCCGGAGGCGGCAGCAGGCUGCAGCGGAGAGGCAGCUUCAGGUUUAUUGCUCCUUGGCACAGCAAGGCUUCUGCUAUGACCACAACACCAGCCUUCUCUCCCGACAGUGAGGACAUUCUCUUAGAAGACCCACCCAGGGUGCCCUCCCUUCUGUGCAUGCCCUCCACCCAGGACCAUCAUGGGAAGUGUCAGUAGCCUCAUCUCAGGCCACAGCUUCCAUAGCAAACACUGCCGGGCAUCCCAGUACAAGCUGCGCAAGUCUUCCCACCUGAAGAAGCUGAACAGAUACUCAGACGGACUGUUGAAAUUUGGCUUCUCUCAGGAAACUGUUCACAAUAAGUCCAGCUCCAAGGGCAACAAGAAUGAGGACUUUUUUUACAUCAAGGUCAACCAGAAGGCUCACCGGACGGACUACACCCCGCUGUCUGGGGGGGAGCUGGGAGGCCAGGCUGGGAGGAGCAGCGUGGACUAUGGCACCCCGACACCACCCAAACUGAAGCCAGUCUCCAACCAGAUAGAACUAGCCACUGACAAGAGUGCUACGAGGCCCACAGCCUUCAAGCCUGUGCUCCCUCGCUCCAGCACAGUCCUCCACUCCUCUCCAGAGCACGGCAACCAUGUUCCCCAGAAGCUCCAAUCGCAGGAGAAAGCCAAGGAUCUGGACGCCAAGCCUGCUCUGUGCUCCGGAGGACUGUCAGACUCAGGAAGAAACUCCAUGUCUAGCCUCCCCACGCACAGUACAGCCAGCAGCUACCAGUUGGACCCCCUUGUCGCUCCCGUGGGACCCAUCAGCCGAUUUGGGGGCUCUGCCCUGAACAUCACUCAGUGCGCCAUCCUGCAGGACAGUAACAUGAUGAGCCUGAAGGCCUUGUCCUUCUCGGAUGGGGGCACCAAGAUCCUGAACCCUGGCAAAAUGUCUGCCGCUCCCCACCCGGGCGAGAAGAACUCCUGCGUCCGCUCGCCCAUCUCAACGGAGGAGUCGGCCAUCCAGGAGCUGGAGCAGAAGCUUCUGGAGAGGGAGGGGGAGCUUCAGGAGCUGCAGUGCAGCUUUGAGGAGAAGGAGAUCACCUCCUGCCAAAGCUACGAGGAAAAGCAGAGGCGCUGCAGGGAGGAGAUGGAAGGGCUGAAGCAAAAAUGCAACAGCAGGCUCAAGCAGGCGUCACAGAAGAGCCACAGGACCCAGCAGCUGCUGCAGCUGCAAGUCUUCCAGCUGCAGCAGGAGAAGCAGCAGCUUCGGGAGGAACUGGCCAACCUGAUGAAGGAGCAGGACCUCCUAGAGGCCAAGCUGAGGUCCUAUGAGAAGGAAAAGACCAACUUUGCCCCAGCGCUGGAGGAGACUCAGUGGGAGGUGUGCCAGAAGUCUGGUGAAAUCUCUCUCCUGAAGCAGCAGCUGAAGGAAUCCCAGACAGAGCUCAACAGCAAGACCAACGAGGUCCUCAACCUGAAAGCUCAGCUGAAGGACGUCCGGGCAAAGAUGGAAUUGCUAGAUAUGAAAAUCCAGGACCUGGAAGAUUCCCUGCGCGCCAAGGCUAUGGAGCUGGAGGUGUGCGAGAACGAGCUCCAGCGCAAGAAGAACGAGUCGGAGCUUCUGAGGGAGAAGGUGAACCUGCUGGAGCAGGAGAUCGCAGAGCUGCGGACGGAACUCACCAUCCUCAGGGAGCAGAUGAAGUGUGGGGCGGCCUCCGCGGGCCUGGAGGGGAGCAUGACGGAGGAAGCGCAAGCCCUAUGGCGGGAAGUGGAGAAGCUGAAGGCCGAGCUGGGGGAGGCUCAGGAUAGCAACCAGCAGAUGACGGCCGGCUUCCAACAGGAGCGGCAGACCUGGAAGGAGGAGAAGGAGAAAGUCAUCCACUACCAGAAGCAGCUGCAGCAGAGCUACCUGCACAUGUACAAACGGAACCAGAACCUGGAGAAGAUGCUCCAGCAGCUGGCCUCAGGGGAGGAUGGCAAAGAGCCUUUAGACCUUGACCUCCAUGGAACUGAUGUCCCUUAUGAGGACAUCAUUGCCACUGAAAUCUGAAGGGUUCUGCGUCGUCUUGCCCGCUCUGGAGAGGAGAUGCGUCUUUCAACUGGGGGGGAGGAGAUUGUGUGUGUACAGUCCAGGAGAACCACCUGUUUUCUUGGUUGAGGUCCUUUGCCUGGCCAAAAUGGAUCGCCAGCUGUUGUCCUGCCAUAUGUUAAUGGUGUGAGGCACCAACCCCAACCCUGUCAUGCCCAAUGCAUCCUUCUGGGAGCGCUGUCCCGACUAGAGCAUCCCAGUGAAAAAUAAAAAAGGGAAGUGGGGGAGGGGGGCCUUACCAGUCGACCAUUCUGUCAGGAUAGAAUCAAAGCAGCAGCUGCUUUCAGUGGAGAAUAUGCAAUAAUCUCCAUGCCAAUUACCACAGGUGGCUGCUUCUUGCCCAUGACCCAGAUAUCAGUUCCCAAGGGCUACUGGAGUGCCAGCCAUAGCAAAUGCCAUUAUAGCUCUCCUGCAGCCACUAAACUAUGGGAUGAGGCCUGUUCAUGCUCCGCAAGCCUCUCUGUUGCCAUGUGAGAAGACAUUUUUAGGGGGAAAGUGCAGGAUUUGGCCACUUGUUCCUUUGUUAGAGUCCGUCAUCACAGGCUGUCAAGAAUAUCCUGCAAAUUCUUAUUGACCAGGGAUACGUAAGUGGUCAGGGCCGGCCCUACUAUUAGGCAAUGUGAGGGAUCUGCCUCAGGUUGCAGAUGCUGAGGGGGCCAGGAGUGGUGGAGAGCUGUGUGUGCCAGGCAGCCUGUCCUGCAGCUCCUAAGGUGCCCUGUUGCCCUCAGGUGUGGUGGAAGACACCAUAGUUGAAGCAAAAUUCAGUUGCCUGCCCGUCAGCUUCUAUACAUGGAAUACAGAGACAAGAAUAUAUCUUGUCCUUUUCCUCAGAGAGGAUAGCAAUAGGAUUCUGAGAUACUUGGGGAUCAGAUGGAAUGUAAGGCAUUUAUGUGUUUUCUCAUCUGGGAGAGAACAACCCUGUUCCACUGGUUGCCUGUGGAGAACCCUCUUUCUCCAGCAUACUUCUCCGGUCCAAAAUAAUGGGCUAGUGUUCUAGGCUACUAGAAGCCAUAAACUGGCAAAUCAGCCACCAGAUCUUCCUUGUCAUUGCUUGGCAUUGCCUCUUCCAUGAGCAAGUAAAAGCUGAGAGAGAGGUCUAUUUUUAUUUAAUGUGGGAGUGGGAACUGAAAUGGUGUGUGUGUUGAAUGGGAAUGUUUAUAUUCAGUUAUCGAAAAUGUGAAUAUUUUUAUGGAGUUUUUGGGAAGGCUUGUUUUUGGCAAAUAUCUCGUGUUUACCGUCCGCAUUACCUGUCCUCUGUUUUGCCAAUAGGGUUCAGUCUGCACUAUUUCUAACAGUAUUGCGCCUUUUAAACAGUCAUAGUUCUCCCCAAAGAAUCUUCGAAGCUGUAGUUAAGGGUUUCUGAGAGUUAUUGAGAGACACCUAUUCCCCCUGCACAGCUACCGUUCUCAGAGUGAUUUAACAAUCAGCCCUUCUUCCUGGUGAACUCCCGUAAUUAUAACUCUUUGAGGGGAAUAGGGCGUUUCCUAACAACUCUGAUCACCCAUAACAUACUAAAGUUUCCAUGAUUCUUGGGAGGAAGCUAUGCUUGCUUAAAAUGGGAUGAUGCAGCUUUAAAUGAAGGGUGCAGGUGUGACCUUCAAAGGGUAUUUUGAACCCACACGAAACCACCCCCUUCCUUUAGUGAGACACCCCAGGAGCUGUGAAAUGCAGAUGGAAUAGGACAGAGGAAGGACUAGGCCAGAGUGGUACAGCAAAGUGGAGUUCUUAAAGUAGUAAUUCUGGAACACAAACAGUUGGAUCGAAAGGUUUAAAACUCUCUUCUUCUCAGGGGCAAAAGAAUUGAUCAGUUAACAAUCCAAAGCAGCACCUGUUCCAGACAGGCGCUUGUAAGUUCUCUGCCUUUGUAUGGAGCUCAUCGUCCCAAGAGAGCCCCAAACCAACCAACUACAAGCUAGCAGAGAACCUGCUUCUGCCCCACUGGCUGUGGAAAGAGCCUGCCGGUUGCCAGGGCGACACAGGGCAGGCUGUAUCUCAGUUCACCUAUUCUUUUAUAAAAGUGCAAACUAGGUAGGCUACCUUUUAAAUGUGAACUAAAUUGAAUUCCACCUCCAUCCCUAGUUGCUGCUGUGAAACGUACAGCAAACUUCUUGCAGGGUGCAGCCCUGCAUGGUAUGUCCCACCUCAUUCGACUUUCUGGAGGAAUAGAAAGGAUGCCAGUCCGGCUUGAGAUAGAAUGCUUCCUCCAUUCCUCCUCUGUGGGGAAAAGCUCCGCAGAUCACUCUCAGCCUGCAGUGGUGAUUAAAAGAAUCACUCUUGGGCUUGUGAACACGAAGCCCUGACAGUGUUACCGUCCCCUCUUCUCUGCCUGCCUCCCAGCCAGCUAAUUGGGUUUAUGCACAUAUGUUUCUGAUUAGCAGAAUUUGCAUUGUUAAUUGCAGCCUCAAAACCAGCCUGCUCCCUGGUGGACCACCAGUGACCCCAUGGGGUUAAUUACCUCUGAGUGGGAGGGGCUUGGUGUAGCCUGCUUGCCAUAUCCUGCUGAUCCGAUCAACUUUCCCCAGUGCCUGCCUCCUGUCUUUCUCCUCCCCUCCAUCUACCUCACCUAAGGGCAGGGGACCAGCUGUUGGCAGACCUCAUUAAACUGGGAGCCUGUUUUCCUAUUUAAGCCUCAAAGGCAUCUUUUGUGAGAGGGCAGAACACCUCCAGUACAAUUUUGCAUUUGCCCCAAAGGCUUAGCUCAGCUCCUCCAGAUGACCUGUUUAUUGAGCAUCCCCUCAUGAUUUGUGCCUAAACAGAAGUUAGGCUAUGUCUGGUCUUCAUUCGAACAUUCAUUCUGAUUUCUUUGCCAGGAGAUUAUACAACGAUUAGCAUUGGUCCUUAAUUCAUCCUGAUUUGGUGGUAAUAAUUGUUUGUUCAUCCCACAUUUGCCAGCACAUCUCCCCAUCACUUUCCCAACUACAAAAAGUCAGUUUGGUGAGGUGGGUGGGUGUUUAAGUAGAUGUGUUACACUCGGGCGACUGAGUGCUUUAAUCAACUUUAAUUGUGCAAUCCUAAAUUUCAGUUGUGCUCCUGCAGAAUACUGACAGUGUGGAGGUGGCCUGUGUUUGGAUCACCAGGUGCAAUUUUAUUUUAUUUUUCUAAAAGUGUAGUGCCUGUAGUAUUUUCCUUCCAUAAGUAAUGGAACGAGGGAUUAACUAUAAAAGAGGCAGCGGGUGUUCCCUUCACAUAUUUCCCGUUACCCCUUGCUCCCCUAGCUUUUGGUCACAGCACAUUAAGAUCUUUGGCUGCACCGACAGUUUAGGAAACUUAGCAGGUGGCUUAAAGAAGCCUUGUUUGUCUGCUUCCACGCUCCACCGCAUCUACAAGCAGAAACUUCCAAAAGAGAGCAAUAAUUUGUCAUGUAAAAGAAUUUGAUCUCACCAGUUCCCUUCCUUGUCCCCCAUCCGCACCAGUGGUUUGAGCUGAUUGUGUACAAAUAUUUUGAAGUCUUCUUGAGAACACAUUCAUUCCCACAGUCUCACUGCCAAUGGGGAUGAUGAUUUGAGCAUUUCAAAUCUGAAUGGUGAUUAUGUAAUACUGAAAGCAGCAAUGACAGCAACUCUACUAGUGCUUUAAAAUAAACACAUGACCCUAACUGUGCGGCCAGGUAAAUUAGUCGUUGUGGUCUUCAUAUCGGAGAACACAAAAAACAAUGACAGGAGUUUGCAGCAGGUUAUUAUUAUAAUAAUAUAUUUUUACCCUUCUUUCUUUGAUCAUGAUUUCCAUUUUCUUUUGAGACAUUGGGCUCCCUUCCCUGACCUUGAGUUUUUAUGAGUUGACAUUUUUUGUGUUUAGGUGCCACAGUAAACUAUGGUUUAUUGUGGUGGGAAUGAGACACACUGAGUCUUAGAAAGGAGAUUGGAAGGCUUUUUUCCCUUCUGUUUUUAAUUGACUACAACUUGGUGCAUUAUCCAAACCUGAGAACCCAUUGUUAAUCUCAACAAUGAUUUGUUUUGAACAGGUCAACUUAAAGCCAUGAUUUAUUAAAAUGCCCUGCUCCAAACAUGUCCUCAUCUGCUCCCUAACCGUGUUGACUUUUAACAAGCAUGUAUUUGGAACUCUGCAGAGGAAAAGAGGCUGCAGAAAUUUUUAAUAGCGAAUCAACUUGAAUCCACUCUUUUCUGCCACUUCUCCAUUCAAAUGGAAAUCACCUCUGAGUAGACAUGUGUAGGGUUGUAUUGUUUAUCUUCUCCCUCUACCACCCUGGCUGCUUUUUCUUUUUGUAAAGAAAAUCACCCAUCAGGGUUUAGUUAUACACAUCUUCAAAUAAUGCUUAGUUAGAACUUCAGCUGGUCACUAUGGCAUUCUUUGUAGCAUCUGUAACUAGCAGAAACAGCCUUGCAAAGCCGGUGGUGGUUUCUAGCUGCCUUGAAGAUCAUUCGCAGGAAAACAUCCUGACUGGGAACAAGUCCACAGCUAUGCCAUCUCCCCAGUUCUUCCCACUUCCUUGUUAUUAAAGGAUGAGGCCGCAGUCUGUUGUAUUCCUUCUGUUCCUAUUUGCUUUCCAAAAUCAGGAUUCAUGCCAUUAAGAAUUGCAAGGAGUCCAUAGGAAAUUACUUUUCUCCUGUCUAUAAAAAAUUGUUGGACUCCAGUUUACCUCUGAUCAUUUUCAAAUCCCCCUCAAUACGGAUUAGAGACUUCUGGUUUUAAAACUAGCACCUAAGAGCUUCAUGUAAUUUUAAGAAUGAGAGGUGGGGAGAGAUGCCAGGAAGCUGUCAUUGGCCACAUAUAUGGUACAAAAUAGAUGUGGAUAGUCAAUUUGAGCAUGGUGUCCCUCCACACUCAUGUUGCAUAUGUGCUUAACCUGUAAUGUGUGAAGCAGAUCUUAAUUUGCAAGUGAUUUCUAGAGCUCUGCAUUUUAGCAGCGUACGAGGCCUUGAAUUAGAAGGCUGAACACAAUGGCAUUCCUCUUUUCCUGAAGUCUUGAGACAAUGCAGGCUCCCAACCCUGUGUUCAUAAACAUUUCAUAAACAUUAUGCUAGAGAGGACCCGUGACAGGGAGAACUUAAUCCUUUCUCCACCCACUAACUUUCUGUGCAAAUAUUUCCCUAACCCCCCCCCCACGCAUUGCUUUUCACACACACACAGCUGUACUCCAAGACUCAAAGUGUGCCACCCUCCCACAACUGCAAUGCCUUGAUAAACACACAGGUAUUUGUUGAGAAAAUACUGUAGUGACCUAAUAUAACCACACACACUCCCCCUCCCCCCAAAAACUCCACCCUGGAUUGUAUGAAGGCUGUAUUUGGGUCAAUAUGCUACAUCACCCUGCCCUAAGAUGAAAACGAGCCCUUAUACAUCCCUGUUGCUGAACCCAGAUUGCGCCCAAGGAAGGUCCCUCUCCACGGGGUUCAAUUUAUAUCUGAAUCCACUGGGUGGUUUACUACUGAAAUCAGGGCCGCCUUUAGCAGGUGCGGCGCUGGGGUGCAAAUAUCUGCCCAGCGCCCCCAAAUUACCGCAGAUAGUGUUGGGGUGGCCAUAGCUGCACACUGCCAGCCAUCUGAGGGGGGCACAACUCUCCCCCAUGCCACUGCAGGAGAGUGAUCCGCGCAGAGGUUUGGGAGUGAAGUUGCACCUCUCCCAAGCUGCCUCGGGAGGAGAACGAUCCUCACAGCGGCUUGGUAGUAAAGUUGCGCCCCUCCCAAGCCUCCGCAGAAGGAGAGCGCAGCUUCCCUCCCAGGCCUCCUUGGGAGGAGAGCAAUCCCCGCAGAGGCUUGGGAGGGAAGCUACACACCCACCAACCAUAUGGUUGGGCCACAGCUGGCUGGUGUGCAGGGAAAGGGGAGGGCGCCAGCAAAGCCGCGCAGCUCCCCCAUUCGCUGGGGCGCCCCAUAGAGGCCAACAACCUGGCGCAACACACCACUAAGCAAACUGGCCCUAUUGCUACUACAAGUGUUGCUCUAGCACAUGUGUGAGUCCAAAGCCAUCCCCACUUAAUAAAGAGCCGAUCUGUUUCUAGAGCACACGUUCCCAGCUGUAAAGCACAGCCUUAAGUCUUGUGUGCAAGUUCUCACCCUGGGUGUGAACCUAGAACCACCAUCACUAGUAUUUUCAUAGCAUUUUUCAUUCGGAGGAUGCAUUGCUGUCUUACUUUGCUUGCCCUCCUAACAAAUUUGAGAGGCCGCCAUGAUUAGUCCCGUUUUACCAAUGAAGGUAAGGAGCAGUACUUUCUAGGCAAAUGAGACUAGCACUGGGUGCUAUAGUCGCAUGUGGUGGCAUUGCUUUUGUAUAAGCACUAUUUCCUACCCUCAUCUCUAAAAUGGGAAUAAAUGUGUGACGUACCUCUCAAAUAGAGGACGGGAACUUGUGGGCCUUGGGGCCAAAUGUGGUCCUCCAAGCCUCACUUUCAAGCAGAGGCAUCAAGUUCUGCCUAACUUGGGCAGGUCGGAGGUUUGUCACAUGCAUGUGACUUCACAUGUGUGACACACGCAUGUGAUGUCACGUGCAUCAGGAAGAAGCUGCAAGACCUGCCCCAAGGAGGCCCGGCCCCUCAAGAGUGAGGGGAGAGCUCAUCCCCAUCCCCACAUACUUUCCUGAGGUGUCCUCAGCCCCGUAGAGUUGGUGUCCAUGCUUUCAAGUCAGCUUCCAUUCAGUCAGCUAGCCCAGUCAGUGUUUUUUCUGGGUGUGGGGCAGCCAUUUUGUCCUUCACCAGCUCUGAUACACAUUACAAGUCAGACACAACUGUCCUGUGAUACAGAAGAAUGAUGUCCGUGCCACAUCUGGACCACUUCUAAUAUGGACUAGAAUUCCCCCUGCGCCAAUAUUUCGUAAGCAUGGAUUAAAAGUAUGCUGUGAUGGGGAAUCUAUGCCCUUUUCUUAUUUUGAGGGGCCCUUGGGCUGGGUGCUCAAGCCUAUAUUUUUUUCACCCCUCUUUCCUCCUCGCUGUUUCCGCUGCUCAUUUUAUGCGCCUCUCCUCCUCUGUCAUAUAUGCACCAACUCUGAGAGGAGGCGAGAGGAGUCAAGUUUGUGGAAGGUACUGGUCCACCUUGCUCAUUUUGCCCCUUGCUCAAGGCGGAGGAGGAUUGCAAGGAAGCUCUGAGGAUUAGCAAUGGAGCCCUAACAGGUGUGGGCCUCAGCAGGAGCCCAACAGUGCCAAAGCUUGCCACCAGUCCUUCCUGUUGCUGUUCAAAUUGCUUUGAUUGUGACUUAGGGAUGGAUGAAUCUGUGAUUUUCAGUUGCAGCUUCUCAUUAUACCUUCAGUUCUCCACAUGUCUGCAGAGGUUUGCGAAACACUGGUCCUUGCUAAAAUUCAUCUGUAUUUUAGUGUGCAUGUCACCUAACAAUACAUGCACAUUUUUUGCAAGCCAUUUCCCCUGGUAUGAUGCAUUUUUAUAUGUUAUUUUCACCAAUGUAUGCAUUUCACUCCACACUUUCCAAUAAUGUAUGCAUUUUUGUACACA